AUGGCGGAAGCCAACGACGAUGUGCCCAUGGCCGAUGGCAGUGAGACGCAAAUGCAGCAUGAUCGAGCUCGCGAAAGCAUGGAAUCACACAGUUCCUGUAGCACCAGCAGUGAGCAGGAUGACGACGAAUUGUACAUGGACAACAGCUGCUGGGUGUUUAUUCCUGAGCCCGUGUUCGUGAAAAUUUUCCUGCAGUUAGAAGCGCGCGAUGUCCUCAACGCUGGUCAGUGUUGCAAACGGUGGCACAAGCUGUCCAAAGAUGACUACCUGUGGCGGAAGUACUUCCGGAUGGAGUUUAAUGUAGAUCAUUCGAUUCCGUUGAAAAGAGGCGCGGAAUCUUGGCGAGCUGAGUACCGUCGUUUAACGAACAACGUGCCGAUGGUUAUGACGGAUGUCCUGACUUCCCACUCGCACCAAGUGUUGCACGUUAGCUUCUCACACAAUGGCAAAAUGUUUGCCACCUGCUCGAAGGAUGGAUUCGUGAUCGUAUGGAACUCGGCAUAUCCCUCGACGAUACGAGAUUCGUACGAUAUGCGUCAGCUUAGCUGGAAAUACACACAAUUUUCCCAGUUCAAUCAGAGCGACACCCUGUUGCUAGUAUCCGGGGUCCACUUUGGUUCGCCGCACAGCACUUCCGGCGAGAUAGCGGUGUUCACGGUGCAAAAUGGAUUUAAGUUGAAGUGCCGUGUGACAAAUCGACCGUAUGACAUUUUUGGCACCUGGUUUAGUGAUCAACAUCUGCUUUCGGGUGAUUUGAAAUGGCUCGCGCAUCUGGUCAGCUCUUCUAUGCUGUGGUUAAAUAAAGCGAACCAAGAGAUCGAUUCGGAACACACGCCGGUGCGGAAUUUGAUGUACAAAUUCUACAAUCGCAAUGCGAGUUCAAUCCGCGCUAUUACGGUAGCCAACUGUCCGUGGUUGAGUGAUGAAAAGGACGGCAAAACGGAGAACAGCAAUGACACUGGCGAAUCUCAACAGAAAUCAUCAGAUGAAGAGCAAGGUUCUAGUAGGGGCGAUCGUCGCGCGGGUAAUCCGCUUUCGCAUUAUCAGAUGAACCAGGACAUUGAUUCCGACGAAGAUCCGGAUGAUGGCCAAGACCGUCUAGCUGCUGAGGACGUACCUUAUCAACUGCUGGUCGGCGAUCAGUCCGACUAUGUCAGCCCAAUACAAUACUUGGACGAGUUCCGGCAAGAAUACGAAGAAUCCUACUAUGAAUCUUCUGAUGAUUGUCUCGAGGAUGACGAAGAUGAUGCCGAUGACGAGGAGCUGUCGGAGGGAGAGGACGACUUGGAGAACAUAUGCCCGAAGUAUCUGAUCUUUUCGACUGGCUCGAAAACCUACACACCGCAUCAAAUCGGCUUCAAGCGGAUUACUAGCGUAAACUUUCCCAGGCGCGUCGAAUUGGGACCGUCGCUCCGGGAACGCAUAGCGUUGCGGGAUCGACAGCGCGAGAUGCAGGUAAUUAUGGCCGAGAUGUCAGAGGAAGAAAUCCGCCUGCAGUAUAUCUUACAGAACGAAGACCCACCGACGGAACCGAACUGGGGGAACUAUGAAUCGGUGGCCAAUCGUUUUGAUAAGGUGGACAAGCUGAUCGACCUGCACGGGCACAUCAUUGGCAUGGGGCUUAGUCCGGACCAUCGUUAUUUGUACGUAAACAGUCGACCUUGGCCGAAAAAUUGCGUUAUUCGAAAUCCGCUCGACCCCCCGGCCAUAGCCCAAGAGAUCGACAUACACGUGAUCGAUCUAAUGACGCUGAAAAAAGUGGGCAAAAUGCUUCGCGCCCACAAGGCGUACACACCGAACACGGAAUGUUUCUUCAUUUUUCUGGACGUCUGUGAUAAUUAUGUCGCCAGUGGUGCCGAAGACAUGCAUGCGUAUCUUUGGGACCGGUACUAUGGUGUAUGUUUGUCCAAGUACCAGCACGAAGACGUGGUAAAUAGUGUCGCCUUCAAUCCGCGUGACAAUGAAAUGCUUGUGACGACCAGCGACGACUACGAGAUAAAGGUUUGGCGAUCCCUUUCCAAGGCGAAAAAGCUAGGAAUACAGCCGGUUGGCCGAGCGGCCGAAUUUCGAAAGCAUAAAAACAAUCGUCCUCCACCGCAACACCAGUACGGAUUACGAUCAUUUGUAUGAGCUUUGGUGCCGCUAGUGUAGCAAAUUUAAAUCGCCUUGAGGAUUUGAUGCUCAGUUUCCAUAUAUAAUUCCGUACUAUGAAGCUCCUAUGUGCUUCUCGUUUAUCGGUGUACGGUUCGAGAGAAAAAUACAGCCCUCUUGAAGCUAGUCGGAAAAGAUCGACGAUGAUUGGGAACAAAUACUGUCCUAUUUUGUAUCAUCGCGACGCUGAGUGAAGAAAAAUACCAUAUUUUCUUUUAUUCCGUUAGUCGUUUUAGCCGUAGAUAUGUUAUUACCUUUUUGCACCGUUUUAUGUUAUGCUUUUGUUCUGUUGAAUGUUUUUGAUAGUUUUUAGUGGCGAUUGAAACAUUUUUCUACAUGUUUUACGGUAUUGAUACCUUUUAAAUAUUUUAAAAACGAGUUUUUUUAUACAUACUAUGCAUCGUUACUACACCCAAUGGGGAAGAGAAAAGUUUUUUUAUAUCUUUUUGAAUGCGCCCAGUGAUACUAUAUCUGGAAUACUGCAGGCUGCCGUGGAUCGUUUACAAUGAAGCAAGUGCAAACAUUGUGCAAUCGCUCGUAGAACUUGCAAUAAAUCGUUUUGAAUAAAGAUAAAUGCCGA